UAAAGUGCCACUCACGCACACAAACACCCACAUACACACAGGUGGAGGAGACGCAGAAAGGGGAGAUCUGAUCAUCAGCAGGCAUGGCGUUCAUGGGAAAGCGCGGCCCGCUGCUCGGCAUGAUCUACGUGCAAGUGGCCUACGCCGCCAUGUUCCUCAUCACCCGCCUCGCCUUCACCCGCGGCAUGAGCCACUACGGCUUCGUAUUGUAUCGCCAGAUCAUUGCGGCAGUGGCGAUCUGCCCCCUCGCUUGCUUCCUUGACAGGGAGAUUGGGAGGCUUCCAGUUAGAUGGAAGAACGCGGGACAGAUCUUUCUCUUGGCACUGAUGGGGAUAAGCAUAAGUCAGAACUUCUACUAUGCUGGUCUGGCUUACACUUCCUCCACCUUCGUCAGCACCAUGACCAAUCUCCAACCCGCGAUUACUUUUUUGCUGGCGUAUCUCCUCAGACUGGAGGAAGUGAGCAUAAAGAACAGGACGGGACAGGCUAAGAUUCUCGGCACGUUUCUGUGCGUGGGAGGUGCCAUGGUGAUGACCUUGUUCAAGGAUCAUAACGGAGGCCAGGGGCUACAAGCGCAGAUGGAUCCAAUUUUCUCACCUCACGUCCGACGACUCCAUGGCCUCGGCGGCGGCACCUCCUUCGUCCUCGGGGCCUUGUUCACAAUCGUGGGAACUACGGCGUGGUCAGCUUUCCUACUCUACCAGGCAUGUGUCGUGGCCCAAUACCCUUCUCAGCUCACCCUUUCGGGGCUUGUCAACUUGGUGGGCGGCCUCCAAUGCGCUGUUAUCUCACUCAUUUUUGAAAAGCCUGCAGCUCUGAAGCUCGGGUGGGACUUGCAGCUACUGGCCAUAGCUUACAGUGGAAUAUUCUGUGCAGGGUUUGGGGUGUUCGCCAUGAUGUGGUGUGUGAAGGAAACGGGCCCAGUUUACGUUACCGCUUUCAGUCCCGUGUCGACGGUCAUGGUGGCCAUACUGGAGCCAUUGCUGCUUCAUGUGCAACUCACUUGGAGCAGCUUGAUAGCCAUGGUCAUGGUCAUCGGAGGCCUCUUCUUGUUUCUGUGGGGCAAAGCUCAAGAUAGCAGCAAAACUGGGGAGUCUUUUGCUGCAACUCACGGAGUGGGAGAGUGGGACAGAAAUGAAACGAGCGUCUACGAAGAACCAAGCAACCAGGAACCGCUGUUAGCCUAAUUGUCUGAUCUACUUAGACUGUCAUGCCAGUUUAAGAAUAUAUAAUCCUUGUUUUAGCGUUUGUAUUACUUGGUAAACGAGCGGAGUUACUUGUCUUUUCUCUUCUAAAAAUAAAUAUGGGAUUUUGAGUUGCCUUA